AUGCAGCGAAGGCGAGCACGAGAAAGCAGUCAAGAGCGAGCUGAACGAGAAAGACGUGAUGCUGAACGCCUUCGGCAAAUGCGUGAACGAGAAAGUCGUGACGAACGGGCUGCACGACGCAGGGAUGAUGCUGAACGCCACCAGCAAAGGAUAGCACGGGAAAGCAGUGAAGAACGAGCUGAACGACGCAGGGCUGAUGCUGAGCGCUACCAGCAAAGGAUAGCACGGGAAAGCAGUGAAGAGCGAGCUGAACGACGCAGGGCUGAAGCUGAGCGCCACCAGCAAAGGAUAGCACGGGAAAGCAGUGAAGAGCGAGCUGAACGACGCAGGGCUGAUGCUGAGCGCCACCAGCAAAGGAUAGCACGGGAAAGCAGUGAAGAGCGAGCUGAACGACGCAGGGCUGAUGUUGAACGCAUGCAGCGAAGGCGAGCACGAGAAAGCAGUGAAGAACGAGCUGAACGAGAAAGAGAUGAUGCUGAACGCCUUCGGCAAAUGCGUGAACGGGAAAGCAGUGAAGAAAGGCGUGUUCGUCUUGCAAGCGAUGCUGAGCGUCACCGAUUACUACGCAAUCCUCCUUCUAGAGUGCUUGGAGUAGCUACAAGGGAUCGUUACGCAGAACCCAGCUACCUCGGUGGCUUGGAUCACAUAUGUGAGCAUUGCGGCGCACACCACUUCCUCUGUGAAGUUAAGCCACAGCAUCCAGAUCUCUUCUUCGAGUGUUGCGACUUGGGCCGUUUCAAUCUGAAUUUUUUUGAAGAGUUUCCAGAUAGACUGCGUAGACUGUACAUUCGAGACCCUACGAACUCGGGAGAAGAACAGCGAAUCCAGAGGAAUUUUUUGGAGAAUAUCAGGAGCUUCAAUUCUGCGUUGGCAAUGGCGUCAAUGGGCGCUCAAAUAGACACGUUGAGAGGCCGUGGCCCAUACUGUUACAGAAUACAUGGUCAGAUUUAUCAUCGGAUAGGCCCACUUCAUCCAAGAGAAGGAGAGCUACGUCAGUAUGGACAGAUCUAUAUUUUGGAUGCGGAAAUGGCUGCUGACCGACGUCUCGGAGACUCAAGGAAAUGUUGA